AUGCUUCGGGCUGCAGCAAGGGCUCUGGACGAGAACUUUCAGUCUGUCUGUCAGGGCAGACUUGUGAGUCCUGCGGCUGCUGGUUGGAGUGCGAGGAUACUGCAGGGGAGUGUUGGAGCCAAAGGAGCUUCGGCAAAGGCAAGUCAGCAAUGUGUUGGGCAGACAGUCUUCGGAACCCUGCUGGCUGGCACUACUUCGACUUUUCAUCCAAGCCGCAAUUGCCUUUGCGUCAGAGAGGAGCGAGGCGGACAUGGGCGUCGACACCAAGCACAGGGGCUAUAUAAAGACGAUUGCCUGGGGCGCGUCUUCAGGCUCAACACCCAGUUACAGAGAUUCAAGCCAAGCAACGAGUCAGAAGACCGACUCGAAGAUCGCAACACUCUGGACACUGUGCGCGCAAGUACCAUGAGUGGCAGCAGAAAUCGCGACGACGACGCCGACCACGGCCAACGGCGACUGUGGCGGUGGUGCAACGACGACAACCACCAAAGCUGGGAGUCUGAGAUGCCUGCGGCGUACCGGCAUCCCGCGCCGCAGUAUCCAUGUCUGUCUGCCGAAGAAGCAGCAAGUCGUGCAGACGAUCAUGGACGAAAGCUGCACGAGCUGAAAUGGCUGUACCUGGACAGUGUCGGCCAGGAGUUCGGGCCGCUUUCAAGUGGGACCAUGCAAGAGUGGCUGACCAUGGGCCGCUUUCCCGUCGGACUUGAUCUUCGUGUGCGAUUGCCCGAGAGGCUCAAAACAUGUUGUAUUGUCAAAUCCAAGCAGCGCCGUCUUCGGCGAGAGGAAGGAAUGCAUGUGGCGCUGUGCGCGCUUGCGAUCGCCUGUGAUGCUGCGCGCGAUCCCAGCGAGCAGAGCAGGCUUCGAGAAGCUCCUUGGGCAUUGCUCGAGACAGGCGACUCCGUUUGGACCCGUCAUGUUCAAGCGGAUGUCGAGAAGGCACGGCUUGGACACAGCGGUCGGGGGACAGAGACAAGGCUUUCUGAGGAUGACCCUGAGCAGGAAGCUGACAGCGACGGCCUCGAUGAGGAUGAGGAAGACGAGGAUGGCGCAGAGGGUGUGAAGCGGUACCAGGAUCUGCCAGACCUGAGUGAGGAGCCGUUCAACAAGUACAACGCGCUUGCUGCAGACGAUGGGCCUGUUGCCUCGGCUAUCACUGCAGCCGAGACAGCAGCAGCCGUGGUCAAAGAAUCAGCAGUCGUGUGGAAGAUGACCGAGGAGGACCUCCAAGAGGCUGCAGGAGACGUGAAUGCCGCAACGAAGAAGUCUGAGGAGGAUGUUGCGAAGGGAGACCGCGUCCUGUAUGACUUGAAGGCCAAGCCUGGAAGAGAGGUGAAGAAGGAGGUUGAGGAAAACUUGGCACGAAUGCAGCAAGAAAGUGGAGACAUGCAUCUUGGCAUUAACAGGCUCUUCGUCCAGCUUUCGUGCCGUGUAGUGGAGAUGGCCAACGACGAUGCCAAACUGAAGGCCGUCAAGGCUUUUUGUUUGUGGGACCAGCAUCUCCCGCUGCGUCAGAUAUUCCCGGAUCUUUCAGCAGCCUUUCGACUACCACCAGCCUGGCCGGAGGUCGAUGCCUUCGCAUCACACGGGUGCACCGAUUCUUAG